CUAAAUUUUACCACCAGCCCAAACGUCGCUUUUGCUCUGCUUCAGCAUCAGUUACCACCACAUCAUGGCUGCCCCAGCAACAUUACCCGCCUUGUUGGCGUCAUUAACGCAGUCGCUGUCCCUGGCGCAAGAAGGAACCUCAAAAAUAGCGACAAUCGAGCACCCCAAAGAUGGAAUCUCGCUCCUCGACGUCAAGAACGAGCUGCUGCUCUCAUAUCUCCAGAACCUGGUCUUCCUGAUCCUUGUCAAGUUACGAAAUGCCAAGUCUGAUGGAAAGGACGAAUCAAAAGAAAAGGGCGAAGAUUUGGACGAAGUUGUGCGAUCGAAACUGGUCGAACUGCGCCUGUACCUUGAGAAGGGAGCCCGACCGCUGGAAGAGAAGCUGCGGUUCUCCAUCGACCGAUUCCUACGGACGGCAGAAGAUGCGCAGAGACGAGAGAAGAUGAAGGAGAUUAAGGAUAGUGCCAAGACUGGCUCCAGCACAGAUGAAUCUGGCUCAGAUUCUGAAGAAGACGACGAGGAUGAAGAAGACGAUUCCGAAGCCGAAGAGACCGGCUUCUCUAAGCCACAGACCAAGAAAGGAACUCUCUCUGCCGCUCCCAACAUGGGCUCUCUCAUUGACAACGUCGCCCUUCGUCCUGCCAAGCGCGGCGAAGAUGAUGGCGCACCUGCAGGUGUAUACCGCCCGCCUCGUCGCGAGCGUCAAGUCAUGGAGACGACAGAAACCCGCGAGAAGGCCGCUCGUCGCCCCAUGCGCUCACACACCAUGGAGGAAUUCGUCGCUUCAGAACUUUCAUCCGCACCCAUUGCCGAGCCUAGCAUCGGCACAACCAUCGUCCAAGGCGGUCGCAGAAUGAAGACAACUCAAGAACGCAGAGACGAGGCCGAGCGAACCGAGUACGAAGAAGCAAACUUCACUCGUCUCCCCCAGGAGAGCAAGAAGGAGCGCGCCAAGAAGGCUAAGCAGGCUGGCCGAAGCGGCCGGAUGCAGUUUGGUGGCGAGGAGUGGCAUAACCUCGGCGAGGGCAUUGAUCGUAUCGAUCGCCUGACGAAGCGAAAGGAGGGCGGUGCUGGUUCUGGCGUGAGAGCCAUGUUGGAGAAGAGCCGGAAACGUGGAGCCGAGACGGAGGACGGACCGAGGGGGAGUGGACACCAGAUGGGUGACAGAUUCCACAAGAAGGCGAGGCUGUUGGAGAUUGGACGAGGAAGCAGAGGAAAGGGCAGGAAAUAGAUUUGAGAUAUCACUUUGUAAUGGCGCAGUACUUCAAUAUCUGUGUGCGCAGUCAUGUAUGGCGUUCUUUUUUUUCCUGGUUUAUACAAGAAUUGUAUAGAGGAAUAUGUCAAGGUUGGUAUGAUGAUUGCAUUAUAUGCCUGCCUAGUAAUGUUGUCCCCAAGUAUUAUACAAUGAAUGUCUUAAAAAUACAGAUGUUGUCAUGUC